AUGUUUCGACUAAAUACAGCUAUAUUUCGGCAUUUACCAUUGUUUCAACGAGGAUCGAUUAUAUCGAAUAUUGGACGAUGCCAGUCGAUAGAACAUAGAUGUGAUGUCGAAGAUGCUCUUGAUGAAGAACAGAAAGCUAUUCAACAGACAGCUUAUCAAUUUGCUCAAACUGAAAUGGCACCUUUUAUGUAUGAAUGGGAUCGAACCGAAUAUUUUCCCAAAGAUACGCUUCGUAAGGCAGCUCAACUUGGUUUUGCUGCAAUUUAUUGUCGUGAUGAAUUUGGUGGAACUGGUGGUACUCGACUUGAUGCAUCGAUUAUUUUCGAAGCAUUAUCACAAGGAUGUGUUUCUACAGCAGCUUAUCUCAGUAUUCACAAUAUGUGUGCAUGGAUGAUUGAUGCAUUUGGAUCUGAUGCAAAUCGUUCUAAAUGGGUACCACGAUUAUCUACGAUGGAAUUAUUUAGUUCAUAUUGUCUUACGGAACCAGGAUCUGGAAGUGAUGCUGCAUCUCUUAGCACUCGAGCUGAAAGAAAAGGUAAUAAAUAUAUAUUAAAUGGUACAAAAGCAUUUAUUAGUGGUGGUGGUGAAAGUGAUAUUUAUCUUGUUAUGUGUCGAACCGGUGAUCAAAGUCCAAAAGGUAUAUCAUGUAUACUUGUCGAAAAAGAUUCACCAGGAUUAUCAUUUGGCAAAAAAGAAGAAAAAAUGGGAUGGAAUUGUCAACCAACAAAACAAGUAAUCAUGGAUGAUUGUGAAGUGCCUAUUGAGAAUCUCAUUGGAAAAGAAGGUCAAGGUUUUGAAAUAGCUAUGCGUGGUUUAAAUGGUGGUCGAAUAAAUAUUGCUAGUUGUUCACUUGGCGCAGCCGAAGCAAGUAUGCAAAAAACCGGUGAAUAUUUAAAAGUACGAAAACAAUUCGGUCAAACUCUUAGUCAAUUCCAGUAUUUACAAUUUAAAUUUGCAGAAAUGGCUACAAAAUUAGUUGCAAGUCGUUUAUUAGUUCGUAAAGCUGCAUUAGCAUUAGACCAAAAAUCACCAGAUACAGUAUCAUUAUGUGCUAUGGCAAAAUUAUUUGCUACAGAUACUUGUUUUGAUAUAUGUAAUCAAGCAUUACAAAUGCAUGGUGGUUAUGGUUAUAUUAAAUCAACACCCAUACAACAAUAUGUUCGUGAUUGUCGUGUUCAUCAAAUUCUUGAAGGAACAAAUGAAGUUAUGCGUUUAAUUAUCUCUCGAGAUGCAUUAAAACGAUAUGAAACAAAUGGAAAUGUUGAUGCUAAACGUCUUUUAAAUGAACUUAUGAAAGAUUAUAAUAAAAAUGUUUUACCAGUUCAAUCAAUUAAUCAAAAAGUAAAUGUAACAUUAGGUUUAAAAUUAUCGCAAUUAUCUGAUAUUGAUGAACGAAAUCAAAUAAUGACAACAAAUGUUUGGCUUGAACAUGAAUGGUCAGACUAUAAAUUAACUUGGGAUCCAAGUCAGUAUGGUAAUAUUGAUGUUGUCGAAAUUCCAUCAUCUGAUAUAUGGGUACCUGAUAUUGUUUUAUAUAAUAAUGCAGAUGGGACAUAUGAAGUUAAUACUAUAACUAAAACUCAUGUUUAUUGGAAUGGAACAAUUAAAUGGAAUCCACCUGUUAUAUAUAAAUCUUAUUGUGAUAUUAAUAUUCGAUAUUAUCCAUUUGAUGAACAAAAUUGUACAUUAAAAUUUGGUACAUGGAGUCAUAAUGGAAAUCUAGUUGAUCUCAAUCAUGAAUCAGGACAAAUUGCUGUUGAUGAUGGAAUAGAUCUGACUGAUUAUUAUCAAUCAAUUGAAUGGGAUAUUCUUUCUGUUCCGGCAUUUCGUCAUGUUCUUUUUUAUGAUUGUUGUAAAGAUGAUCCAUAUUUUGAUGUAACAUUUAUAUUAAUUAUUCGACGUAAACCAUUAUUUUAUACAGUUAAUCUUGUAAUUCCAUGUGUUAAUAUUGCAUUUCUUACUAUUCUUGUAUUUUGUUUACCUAGUGAUUGUGGAGAAAAAUUAACUUUAUCUAUUUCAAUUUUUGUUGCACUUCAAGUUUUUUAUCUUCUUUUAAUUGAUCUUAUACCUCCAACAUCAUUAACAAUAUCAUUACUUGGAACAUAUUUACUUUUUACUUUAGUACUUGUUAAUGCAUCUAUAUUUAUUACAAUAAUAACAUUAAAUAUUCAUUGGCGUCAUCCAAAUACUCAUCAUAUGCCUGAUUGGGUUAAACGAUGGUUUUUAAUAAUAAUUCCACCAUUUGUAUUCAUGUCAAAACCACGUAUUGCUGAUGUUAUUUUACAAUUGGAUGAAAAAGAAAAUCUCAUUCCUGAUGAAACUAAUAUAAAACGUUUAAGUGAUUACAUGCAAACUAUAUCAGUUGAUAAAUAUCCACCAGUAAUUCAACGAGCUAUAAAAGAUAUUCGUUAUAUAAGUGAAACACAACGUGAUGCACAAAAAGAUGAUCUAGAAAGAGAAGGUUGGAGAUUUAUUGCACUUGUUAUUGAUCGAUGUUUCUUAAUAAUAUUUACUAUUUUUACAAUAAUUGGUACAUUUCUCAUUUUAUCUGCUGGUCCGCCCACAAAAUAUAAAGUUAUUCGUUAG